GCCCAUAAUGCAUUGCGAUGGCGGGUAGGCGUGUGUGGGGCGGAGCCAGUGCCGGAAGUAGAACGGUGGUGGCGGCCGUGGCUCUGGCAGCUCGGGACUGAGUGCAAGUAACAUAGAAUCACCAUGAUUCUUCAGAGGCUCUUCAGGUUCUCCUCUGAUGUUCGGUCAGCAGUCUCAGUCCAUUUGCAGAGGAACAUUGGUGUUACAGCAGUGGCAUUUAAUAAGGAACUUGAUCCUGUACAAAAGCUCUUUGUGGACAAGAUUAGAGAAUACAAGUCUAAGCGACAGGCAUCUGCUGGACCUGUUGAUACUGGCCCAGAGUAUCAGCAAGACCUGGAGAGGGAGCUGUUUAAGCUUAAGCAACUGCAUGGAAAUGCAGACAUGAAUACGUUUCCUAACUUCACAUUUGAAGAUCCCAAAUUGGAAGUCAUUGAAAAGCCCCAGUCCUGAAGAAAUAAAGUUAAUCUGGUAAUUUGUCAUGUAUUAGUUGUAAAAGUAAUCAGAAGUAUCAAAAUAAAUGGACAUUUCACAACUGUCAAAUGUUCUUUUAAUUCUGAUUCUAAAUAAAUUAUUUGGUGAUGUUGAA